GGAUUAGAGCCAAAAGAAUUUUCUUUAUUAUUGUUUGUUAUUUUUUCUUACUAAGCGACAAAUUCUAUCCAAAAUAUAACAUUUUGAACAACCACGCAUGCAACUAAAGGGGCAUCAAUCAAGUCACCAUUUUUAUGGAACUUAUCCAAUGAUGUUCUUCCACGCCACCCCCAAACACAGAGUACCAACACGACACGUGUCCCUUUCUUCAAACUUCAGCAAUCCAGUUCCAGAUCUUUUGAUUUGAGUGUCUCUUUCAUUGUUGGGCUUCCAAGUUCAGAGUUGGGGAGCUGUAUUUAGUAAGAUUUGAUGGGAGAUGUACACGUGAGCAAUGAAAUAUAUGAAAUACCCUCAGCUGUAAGUGCAAAUAGCUCAUAUCAUCCUUUUUAUCUUAGGGCUCAUGACAAUGCUGUGAAUAAUACAGAUGUUACUGAAUUCAACUUGUCAAUAGACGACAUUUUCACCAGUCUGUGGACAUUGACUAGCUGUAUAGGUGAACAAUUGAUGCAAUUUAUUGAGGAUCUUGUGCUCAGAGAUCUUAAUAGAUGCCUAGAGAAUUUAGUGUAUUAUUCUCCUGAACAAGAUUCAUUAGAUUUGAGAAAUAUAUGUGAAACAUUUUCUAAAGGUUCUUCCUCAUCAUCCAAACCUUGUUAUGACUGUACAUUGCCCAGACUUCGUGGAAGAAGAGCCCAAGAACCCAGGGAAGAGUUUACUGUAAAUACAAGUUCUGACAUUGUAGAAAUUAUUGAUUAUUAUGCGGGUUCGCUUAUCAUUUUUCAAGGGUUGUUGAUUUUCCCUAUAUUCGGAUUGCAGUUUGUCUGGAGGUUGGCAUUGGACUCUUGUAGAUGCUCUUUAUCUUACAUUAGAUGUGCUGAACUUCGUAUUCGUAGUAUCCUAUCUCGAAUACGGAAGACAUUGCGUGGCUCUUCUGAUGAUAUAGGAUGGUUACAGCAAACUCCAGGAAUGCCUUCUGUGACAGAUGGUACAGCAAGAUUUCUGGAAUUGCUUGCUGAAAUAAGGAAUGGAGAGCACUCCCUCCCUAAUUCAUAUGUUUAUCUACUAAUACCUGGCCUCUUUAGUAACCAUGGUCCUUUGUACUUCGUGGGAACUAAAAGGUUCUUUUCAAAAAUGGGUCUAGCUUGCCAUAUUGCAAAGAUUCACAGUGAGGCGUCUGUAGAGCACAAUGCCUGGGAACUUAAGCAAUACAUUGAGGAGCUUUACUGGGGAUCUGGCAAACCCGUGAUGCUUCUAGGCCACAGUAAGGGUGGAGUUGAUGCUGCAGCUGCUCUAUCAAUCUAUUGGAGUGAUUUGAAGGACAAAGUGGCUGGUUUAGCACUGGUACAAAGCCCAUAUGGUGGCACCCCAAUAGCUUCUGAUACUCUUCGAGAAGGCCAGAUUGCUGACAAGGAAACCAGGAGAAUUAUGGAGCUUUUAAUAUGCAAAUUGAUCAAGGGUGACAUACGAGCACUAGAGGAUCUGACAUAUGAGAAAAGGAAGGAAUUUAUCAUGAAAUACAAGCUACCAGAACAAGUCCCUCUAAUCUCUUUCCACACCGAGGCUAGUACGGCUCCUGGUGUCCUUGCUACCAUGACUCAGAUAGCUCAUGCAGAGCUUCCUUGGCUUCCUCUCCUCAAGUUUGACAACGAGGAGUCUGAUAGUUUUCUUCGAGCAGGACGCCAGGUGCCUGUGGUGAUGCCUAUAUCUGCUGCCAUGGCUUUGUGUGCACUCCACCUGCAGCUGCGCUACGGAGAGAAGAGUGAUGGUUUGGUAACACGUCGAGAUGCUGAAGUCCCGGGUUCAGUUGUUGUCAAACCAGAUAGGAAGCUUGACCAUGCUUGGAUGGUUUACUCUUCUUCGAAGAAGAAUCCCAUGGAGCCAGAUGCCUGUGAAAUGUGUGAGGCUCUUUUGACUCUCCUUGUGGAGAUUGGCAAGAAGAAGCAAGAAGAAAUUGGACAAAGUUGAGAACCAAGCAAUUACUUCAACAUAAGCAAUUCUUUUUUCUUUUUUUCUUUUUUUUACAAUAUUAUAUUGUUUGGCAAAAGAUUUGUUGUUUUGAAAUCAGAAUCACAAAUAUUUUGAUAUGCAAUUCAUGGACUUGCUUUAUUCUUGUUGAA